AUGGUCUCAGCACCUUCUGGAGAAGCUGUGACAGCUGUCACCUAUUCCCUUGUCUCUCUUGCAGCUGUUCUGAUUGCCGCACGUAUUUAUCUACGUCUCUUUAUCCAAAAACAGCGACUUCUUCUUAGUGACCUGCUGAUAAUAGCUGCUUGGUUCUCGGCGUUCAUGACUAUUGUAUUUGGCCUGCUUGUUGCCAAAUAUAAUACUCUGAGACCCGAACUUGAUUAUACUUUAAUGAACUGGGAUGCCCCAUUGGAAGCUCAAAUUUAUGUGGCAAGGUUGUCGUGGGCAGCCAUGUUCCCUUUCCUUACGACAUUUUACCUUUGCAAGGCAUCUCUGCUCGCCGUCUAUCUCCAACUCUUCCCAACAUUUAUGAAAACACGCAGAAUCUUGCUCUGGAUUACAAUUGCCUAUUGUGCGGCGGCAUAUAUAGUUACAAUUUCCCUGCAGCUCUUUUUAUGCCUCCCUGUAUGGCGAAACUGGGCAAUCAACCAACCAGAAAAGCUCUGCCCUGAUGAUGACUUGGCCAGGAUCUUUCAAAUUGCAUGGGCUUUGCAUUUUGCUGGAAGUCUUGCUCUUUUUGCCUUGCCCUGGCUUAUCGUCUACAAGGUUCAGAUGAAAAGAAAGAUAAAGAUUGGCGUUUACAGCGUCUUUUUGCUUGGCUUAGUCGAUAUUACUUUUUCGUUGACGCGCUUCCUUAGCGUGCAACUUGGCAAUGUCGGCCAGUUUAGAUCCGUCACAACAAUUGAACUUUGGAGCUCAUUAGAUAGUAAUAUUGGGUUGAUUAUCGCUUGUCUUCCUGCCCUACGACCAUUCCUCCGUCGCAACCGAGAAACGUCCGAGCAAUACAACAAUAGAGAAUCUUCAAGGAACACUAGAACGGUCACUGCCAGGAGACACAACCAGGCCGGUUUUGAGGAGAUUGAAGAAGACAUAUCAAUCAAUAAAGAUGGGUCCAUGAAACUGGCCUUUCACUCCAGCAACUCCCGGCGCAUAGGAGAUGGCUGGAGCGAUAGGGCAGCAAGCGGGAGUGAUAUAGAGCUUGUCAAUGUUGAAGUUGUAAGGGGGACCUAA